AUGGCGACGGAUAGACGACGAAUACAAGGACCAGAAGCCAGUGUAGCUCCGAUUAUAUUAAAAUCACCAAAUAAAAUUCAGUUACUAGAUGAAAAUUUAUGUCGACAUAAUGGAAGAAAUCUUGAAGAUAUUCGUUCAAUUUCUAAUGGUUCAGCAUUCAUAGAAUUAAAUAAAACAAAAAUUGUUUGCGGUGUUUAUGGACCGCGUCAAACAAAAAUUCCGGCUUUCAGUGGAAAGGGAAAUUUAAAUUGUGAAAUCAAAUUUGCACCAUUCUCGUGUCCCAAACGUAGACCGCCUUAUCGUGAUUCACAAGAAAAAGAACUUUCACAACUUAUAUAUGAGGCAUUAACACCUUCAAUUCGUCUCGAUUUAUUACCCAAAUCAACCAUUGAUAUUUAUAUUACAAUACUUGAAAAUGAUGGAACUGCAUCUUGUUUGGCAGCGGCUAUUACUUGUGCAUCAGUUGCAGUUGCAGAUGCAGGAAUUGAAAUGUUAGAUCUAGUUCCAGCUUGUUCUGCGUCAUAUAUUAACGGACAUAUAUUUAUGGAUAGUGAUUUGAUAGAGGAAAAACGCGAAUCUGGAUCAUUAGUUUUAUCUUAUAUGCCAUCAUUAAAAGAAAUUACUCAUAUAUUGCAAUCUGGCGAAGUGGAAUUAAAUUUAACUUCUCAGGCUAUUGAACAAUGUACGGAUUCAUGCUCAAAGAUAUAUUCAAUUAUGAUUGAUAGUUUAUUAUUACCUAUUCAGAAUAUUAAAUAA